CCAAAAUGAGUUUCCGAAGUUGAGAGCGCUCCUCCUGGUUUGAGUUUGGCGCUAUAAAGACACUCAACCAUGAUAAUAUCAUUAGUUCUAAUGGGGAAGUCUCGCUUUCACUGGCUCUGCUUCCCUUGUCUAAGAUUGACCGGCAGCUUUCGGAGAUGCCCUCUUUCCAAAAGGACUUUGAUCAUUGGGAUUAUUUGUGUUAUCUAUUUGUUUUUUGUAGUCUCGGAGUUUGGGCUCUCGCAGCAAAACCAGGAGAGAAGGACUGACAAAGACAAGUACCGACACACCCGUGGAUUGUACAACUUAGAAACUGGUGAUGCGCUGCCAGACUCUGUCCCAACACGGUCUAACGUAGUGUACAUAACGCUGAAGACUAAGCGGCUGAAACCGGCAAAUAUCCGGGGUACAAUCAGACCAAAACUGAGGAGAAAAGUAAGGAGGAAUAACACGGCUGGUUCAGCUUUUACGCAGAACAAACUUUCCACUUUGGAGCAGGACGCGGGACAAAUUAAGAGCAACUUUGAACGCAACACUUCCUGGGGAGAAACUCGGGAUGUUGAUUAUAAAUCUUUGGAUUUAAUAAACGAUUUUAACUUUGCUGACUCUCAUAUUAGUUCUAUCCGGAUUUACAGCCAGAGGGCACCGCCAUGGCUCAGCCCGCAGGACGUGAAAGCCAUGCGCUUUCUCGCGGAUGCCAAAGUUUUGCGCAUCAAAGAAGUUUCCCACGGAGACUCUCCGUCACUUCUGAUAUUUCAGGGGGAAGCUAGUGGUUCAGUAUCCGACCAACAACUCGCAGACAGAGUCGGUGUGUGUGGAGGGCAGUGUGGUGUGAUCAACAGCCCCGUGGACAACACGGAGGUCUUCGCUUUCCACCUGGACAGGGUGCUGGGGCUCAACAGGACGCUGCCGGCUGUGAGCAGAAAGUUCAGCUUCCUACACGACGGCCAGCCCUGUCCAGUGGUGUCAUGGGAUGCAUCUCUCUACCCAGAAGGCCUUGCUGCAGGCUCAUCCACCCUGAGGUUAACGUGGGGGGAGUACCAGAGCUCCCUGAAACAGAGGUGCUGGCAUAAAAACAUCAGCCCGAAGCCCGACUCUGGCUGCUCCACCGCUCAUCACUACGAGUGGAGUAAACUGGCUCUGUUUGACUUCUUAUUACAGAUUCACCACCGCCUGGAUCAGAGCUGCUGUGGGUUCAGGCCGCGGCACGAGGAUUUGUGUGUCGAACUCGGACGCCAUGCUGAAUGUGUCGACCAGAACAACAUACCACUGGCGAACAUCGUCCACAGAGGUCAUGAUCCCAGACACCUGGUCUUCACCAACAAUAAGGGAUUCUUCGACCGGAACGAGGACAACCUGGACUUCAGGCUUCUGCAGGGAAUCAAAGAGCUUCCUGAGCAGGCUGUGUCAGUGCUGAGGAGCAGGAAGCUGAGGGAGAAGCUCCUCCAGUCCCUGUUCCUGGACCAGACGUACUGGGAGAGCCAAGGCGGCCGGCAGGGCAUUGACAAACUGAUCGACGUCAUCGAGAGGCGGGUCAGGGUGCUCCUCACCUACAUCAACGCUCACGGCAUCAAAGUCAUCACCAUGAAUGCAUGACACUGACAUUAAAUUACUGAGAGAUGAAGUAAAUCACCUUUUUGACCCCUGUGAAUUCACUGUGGAAACACUCACACUUUCUACAGGAAGCUGAAGCUAAUAUAGUUCACUGUAAUUCAGUAUGUGUUUCUUAAAUAUAGACUUUCAGUACUGUGCAAAAGCCUAAGGCCACCGUUAGUUUUGUUAUUUUUGCAUUUUUUACUGCAAGUCAUCAUGCCAUUCCUUUUGCAAAGUGCCUGACUGGACACGUUUUUAUUUUUCAGCAUGAUAACGAUCCUCAGCUCACUUUUUAAAUUUUUUUUAUUGUGAUAAGGUGAACAAACACAAAACAAAAAUGCACACAUAGACGUGACAAUUAAAGCGACGGCAAAUAAACAAAAACAGGCAAAACAGAAAUAAACAAAACAAAAUCGAAAUACGCAAAACAUUAGCAAAGACAAAUACAAUUAAAGUAGAUAUAAUAAAAGUCAAGUAGUAAGUUGAAGUAGUGUAUAAGAAAUGUGUGAAUGUGUGUGUGGCAGUGUGAUGCAUUAAAGUGAGUGGCUGAGUGGGAAGUAGCAAGAAAAAUAAACAGAAACAAAAUUGAAGAUAAUUGAGAGGAAAAGAUAUAUAUGUGUCAACAUUAAUGGAAAGAAGAACAUUUUAGAUAUAUUUAUAUAUAUAUAAAAGUAAUAAAAUAAAAUGUUUGGUGUUAAAGUGGCCAUCAUAAAAAGAUGGAGGAAAAGAAGAAGAGAACAGGGAGAAAAAAAAUACUCCUCAGCUCACUUCUAAUGCAAUAAAAUAAUUAUUGGGGAGGAAAAACCUGCUGACUAGACUCUGAAAGUCAUUUACUGUGGGGGCUGCAUGGUGGUGCGGUGGUUAGCGCUGUCGCUUCACAGCGGGGAGGUUUCAGGUUAGAAUCCCUGUCAGACAGGAGCGUGGAUUCUCUCUGGGUUCUCUGUCUUCCUUCCACAGUCCAGAGACAUGCUCGUUAGGUUCAUUAAUUACUCUAUAUAGCCCGUAGGUGUGAAUGAGUGUGGCUGGUUGUCUGUCUCUAUAUGUCAGCCCUGUGGUUGACUGGGAUCUUCUCCAGCUCCCCGUGACCCCGAACGGGAAAAGUAAAGUAGAUAAUGGAUGGAUGGAAGUCAUGAACUGGCUCCACAGAGACCAGACCUGAAUAUCACAGAGGCAUUAUGGGAUCACUUGGAGAGGGAAAGGAAGCUUUAAUCUAAAUAAGAAUCUGGGAAGUGCUGAAAGAAGCCUGAUGUAAUAUACCAGAAGAUUACUAAAGCCAACUUCAUGAAAGUGCACCCAAAAGAGUUCAAGAUGUGCUAGGUGCAAAGUGUAACACUGAAUACGGCCUUUUAUCAUCAGGAGCUGUUUGCUUUUCUAAAAGUUGUGUUUUGUUUCCUGCAUUUCCUGCUUGUAUCUUCAUAAAGAGAGACUGAGUAAUACAUCUGGAUGGUCAUUAUAACUGUGCAAAAACAACAGUGGUGGCAUAAGACUUUUGCACAGUAAUGUACAUCACAAGAGCACGAGAGCAUGCUGUCAAGGACGGUGAUAUUUCACAGGGAACAAAUGGAGAAAUGAAGAUAGGUCUGUCAUAAUUUAUUGUUUUAACAAGAUAAUUACAAUAAGCCUAAUGAAGGAGAUAUUAUCAGUUUCUCUCUAUUAUUUAAAAAUAGUUAAAUGUGUUCAAACACAGCAUUCAGGUCAUUUGAGGAGAAACAUUCAAAUCUGUUGUUUUCUAUGAUAAGAAGUGAGGCAUGUGACAUUUGACUUUCACGUCUUCAUUUCUUUUUCCCCCCCGAGGCGAUUGCACUGCCAUCAGUAUGUACAUAUUAUGUUUCUGUUAUAACUUUCUCUCCUCCUGAGGCCUUAGGUCAAGUGUCAUUUACAUCGUGUAAGAAUGGAAUGCACUAAAUAUAAGUUAUUUUUUAUUUCCGCUCCUCUAAUAAAAGAUAGAAAUUCAGAUGUGAAGGGAAAGCCUAAGAGAAGAGAUAUUAGUCUUCAUCAUGGGUAAAAAACAGUCAAAGCUAGCCGGAGAGCUCGGGAGCGCCAAUAGCCUAGCUAUAGGUUAUGUAGCGCGCCCUAUGUGCAAAGCUAUAGUCCUAGUCACAGCGGCUGAGGAUUCAAUAUUGACCACGAUGCUUUAAUGCAGGUCAUCCCCCGCGCUCUCCUCCCAACGGUUCCUGUCUCUCUUCAGCUGUCCUUUCCAAUUAAAGGCAAAAAGGACCAAUAAAUAACUUAGGGGAUUAAAUCUUAUGAGAAGAGGUAAACUGUUCCACAGUAUUGGCAACAGAAAAAGCUCCACCGCCCUGGUUUUGAGCCUCAUCUUUGGCACCUCCAGGAGGUCUUAGCAACGCUAUUAAAGGUCACAUAUUUUUCAAAAUCCUCUUCCCCAUGUUUCUCUAACACUAAUAUGUGUCCCUAGUCUGUCUACAAACCCCACAAUCAUGAGAAAAGUCCAUCCUCUCCGUCUUUAGCCUGCUCCACUUUUCAGAAAAUGUGUGCUCAAACAGGCCGUUUGGAGAUGUUCCCUUCAUGACAUCACAAAGGGCAGUAGCCCCUCCCCCAGGUGGGUGACACUCCCACAGCUAGGUGUUUGUUCUGUCCUCUGAGUCUGCCUUCUCACCGUAAACAAUAGGACAUGGAGCGAGAAAGCCAGAGAACACCCAAUCCCUUCCAGAGAGGGGGCGUGGUCAGACACAGCUCAUUUACAUAUUUAAAGGUACAGACACAGAAACAGCCUGUUCUGAGCAGGGCUGAAAUAGAGUGGUUUAUAGACAUGAUCAAAUACAGGAUCCGAGUGGAUUUAGAACAAGAAACUUUACAGACAUUUUUUGAGGAGCUCUGAGACUUUUGGAAACUUGUUGAAGAGGAGGAGAAUAUGUGACCACAAUUUACACUGAAAGAAAAAUAUUUGGAAGGUUAUUUUGUCUUGUGUAAAGUCUUAAAAUAUAUAUAUGUACAUGUGUGUGUUUUUUUAAUUUGUAAAACUCCAAAGAAGAUUUAAAAAACUUAAAUCAUUAAUUAUUAACAUUUAAUAUGAGGACACAUGUAAAGAAUGAACCAAGCAAAGUGACUGUACGAUGUGAACUGAAGCUACAUGACGUUAUUCUCUUUAUUAGCCGUUACUGUUUCUGCUUUGUUUAUUUAUUUUCGUACUUUCUUUUUUUAAACUGUUUUGUUUGUGUGUUGGAGGAGAUGGCAAUAAAAUGAUUCAUUUGUGAA